AGACAUUAUAAGGACGUGCAGUAGAUUUAGCUGUGCUGUGCUGACUCUGAGUGAUGCGGUGGACACUUCACAGUCACUUUCACUCUUCUUCUGAGCGCUCAGUCCUCUCCUCGCGCGCAUCUUCUGAAGCAUCAAACAAACUAAAUUAUUUCUGUCACAACAGUCAUGAAGUGGAUCCUACUCGUGUUCGGCAGUGUGUGUCUACUGGAUGUGGUUGAGGACUCGUUCGUGCACGGCAAGCGCAACGCGAGAACAGUGACUUUCUCUCGGACUGGCCGCGGUCAGUCGAGACGCAGACGGGACACCUGGACGACUGAAAAAGAGCGGUUCACCGAGUGCAAUACUCCACUGUCGGUCAAAGACAGAGAGCUUCUGCGCAGCCACACACACGAGACUGGUUUUCAUGGGGAUGAUGGAUCCAGUUUUACCCUCACAUGGGCUGGAAAUGGAACUGGGAUAAUCUUCGUCCUUUCCACAAUCAGUGUUCCUUCUGAUUCAUUUUAUGAAGGUGGUUCAUCACGCCUUUAUAGGAGUGAAGACUAUGGGAAGUCUUUUCAUGAUAUCUCUCAUGCCAUCAACAACACAUUUUUAAAUAGCUACUUUGGCAUAAGUGCUGGACAUGGGAACCCUCAACCGGUCAUUUUAACAGCCAACCUGCCUUUUACUAAGGACCCAGGAGGAAAGAUUUUUACGUCGAUGGAUGCAGGUCUGACGUUUAGAUCAGUGCAGCUUCAAUUUCACCCAGCACAGGCCAUUCAAUUCUCUUUACUAGACCCAAAAUACCUUGUGGUCAUCAGCAUAGAUGAUGGGCUGUGGCUCUCAGAAGACUUUGGGAACAAUUGGUCUAAAGUUCAUGAAGGAGUGCACACAUUCACAUGGGGUUCCGAGAACACUCUUUUCUUCAGUUCAAGCCCAAAUGGAACAGUGGAGGCAGCAAGACGAGGCGAGCUUAUUCUGAGACGGACUUGUGAUUUUGGCAAAACCUUUGACACCAUUGCCGAGAACAUCUUCUCGUUUGGUCACAUUGGUAGCUUCUUGUUUACCUCCGUCAUGGAAAAACUGGGCUCCCCUCGUGUCAUCUAUGUGUCGAAAGAUCAGGGUGACCAUUUCAAAAGAGCUCAGCUACCAUCAGCUACUACAGAGCAGUUCUACUCUGUUUUGGAUGCUGAUGAAGACAUGAUCUUCAUGCAUGUGGACAACCCUGGAGAAGACACAUAUUAUGGGACAGUCUAUGCCUCUGAUGAACAAGGAAUCCUGUACUCAAAGUCUCUGGAGCGCCACUUGUUUGGUGGGGAGGGGAAAAGUGACUUCACUAACAUCACGUCUUUGAGAGGGGUAUAUCUGACCAACAUACUGGAGGAAGGUGGAUGCAUUCGUUCAGUCAUCUCAUUCAACAGAGGGGGACGAUGGAGAUAUCUGAAAAAGCCAGAGAAUGUCGAUUGUCCAGAUAUGUCGAAAAAGUGUAACCUGCACAUCCAUGGAGAGCACAGUCAUUUUAGUGGAGUCACUCCCAUGACGCCUAGCUCUGAACCUACAGCUAUCGGUCUGGUCAUCGGCCAUGGGAGUGUUGGAGAUUCCAUUUCAGCAGCCCGCCCUGAUGUAUAUGUGUCUAGGGAUGGAGGUUACACAUGGUGGGGAACUCUAAGAGGACCUCACCACUACAGCAUACUGGACUCUGGAGGGCUAAUAGUGGCUGUGGAGGCGCGCAGAGACAGAGGGAUCAGCUCCAUAAAGUUUUCCACAGAUGAAGGGCAGUGUUGGAAGACAUUUAAUUUCACAGACCACCCGUUCUUUCUGGCAGGACUGGCAUCAGAGCCUAGCAGCAGUACAAUGAACAUCAGUAUUUUUGGCUACCGCCUAGAUGACAAUCAUAAGCCUAUGUGGGUAGCUGUCACCAUAGACUUUGAGCACCUGCUCACUAGAGAGUGUAAUGAUCAGGAUUAUGUGACGUGGUUGGCACACUCCAACUACAGUUCUAACCCAAAAACAGAUGGAUGUCUCUUGGGCUAUAAGGAGACAUUUAGAAGACUUAAGACACUGUCUGCAUGUAGAAAUGGUAGAGGAUAUGUGGUCAGUAGACAGCAGAGUCCAUGCAUUUGCACCAGUGAGGACUUCAUGUGCGACUAUGGAUUCUAUUGGCAUGAAAAUAGCUCAGCGUGUCUCCCUCAGCCCGACUUUCUGAAUCAAACCCAGGAUUUUUGUUUGAAUGUAGACCUGCAGACUACAGGAUAUCGCAGGAUUCCCGGAGAUAAAUGUAAGGGGAGUUUCAGCCCUCCAAGAAAUGAAGAGGCUCACCAAAAGCUUUGUGGGAAUGUCACUUCCUCAGAUUCACAUACAGAGAUACCACCAGCCAUACUGGCUCUUAUAGUGGUGUGUAGUUUGGGCAUCAUUUGUUUGGUUAUUAUAGCAGCUUACAUGAUCACUUCAAGAAGAAUAAACUGUGGCCAAAGGUCGCCGGAAUAUAACUUUUCUGUUCUGCAAAUCCAAGAAGACGACCUGUCCGUUAACAAUGAAAGCACCCCCAAUGGCAAACUAAACGGUUUCCAGGUCCAGGAGGACUCAGAUGAUGUGAGCUUGAUCAAACAAUAAUAUCAUGCCUCCAUUUAGUUAAUGGCUAUUGUAAUAAUUAACCUAAAAACCUACUUAAUCUUCUUACACUCGUUAUUCCAACCUUUGUGCUUUGUUUUUUAUUUUGUAGGAAGUACUUUUUUAAAAAUAAUUUAUUGCAUUUGUUUGCUUUUAUUUUUCUCUAUUUUUCUUUCUUUCUUUUUUCUUUUCUUUUUUGGUCUUCUUUAGGAUCUCCUUGAAUGAACAACAUUUAAACUGUGGAAACUACUCAGGCUUUGAAAACAGGUGUUUGCAGGCAGAUAUGCUUCAAAUAAAUUUCAAGCCUAGUCACUGUAACUGGAAGAUAAAACACCUGAAAAUAAUAGUGAACUGCAUUUAUCAACCUGAGCUCUUGUUUUGUCCUAUCAAGUGUAUUAUGCAAGUAUCUGAGGAUAAUGCAUGUAUCAUUGAAAGUGAAUUUACUUUCACCCUCUCUGUCUUUUGCACUGGACUCAUUCAUAUUCCCUCAGGCUGCUGCUGGUAUUACUCUUGAGCUUUGGGACUAUGUAUCUAGACAAGUCUACUGUUUUUAUUAGUAAAUAAAUUAAAAUGAAUUUAAAACAAA